GUACGCCAAAGAUUUUGGAAGUAAGGUUGAGGAGCACUGUAUUUAUAAGAUACAUUUAGAAGCAAUUAAUAACAAUCCUAAUCUACUGGAGAACCGCGAUAUUGGAGCAACCCGGAAGUUAGCAAGACAGGUGUUAAAUAAUUUUAAGGUUUAUAAAUUUUUUAAUAACGGAAUAUCACAAAGGCCAAAAAGUACUAGGAUACGUCUGAAAGCCCAACAGAUACGUCUGGCAGUUGAAGAGGCAAAUUCAGAUAAAGUCACCGGUCUUUAG